AUGGCGGCUUCGAUCAAUCACGCACAUCCGCGUCAUGAUGUACCUGACACGGGGCCAAAAAUGGUCAAUCGCUUGCAGGAGAGCAGAUCUCCCUAUGUCCGAGGACAUAUGAACAACCCAGUAGCAUGGCAAGUCUGGGAUGCUGAAUCUAUGGCCCUUGCCAAGAAGCACAACCGUUUGAUCUUCCUUAGUAUCGGUUACUCCGCAUGUCAUUGGUGCCAUGUUAUGGAAAAAGAGUCGUUUAUGUCGUCAGAGGUGGCUUCAAUCUUGAAUGAAUCUUUCGUGCCAAUCAAGGUUGACCGUGAAGAGCGACCAGACAUUGAUGACAUCUACAUGAAUUAUGUCCAAGCCACAACAGGUUCUGGCGGCUGGCCUUUGAAUGUGUUUCUGACUCCCAACCUAGAGCCUGUGUUUGGCGGCACUUACUGGCAAGGCCCAAAUUCAACCACAUUCACAGGUCCCGAGGCAAUCGGGUUCGUGGAGAUUUUGGAGAAAUUGAGAGAUGUCUGGCAGACACAACAACAGCGUUGUCUCGACAGUGCCAAAGAAAUCACCAAACAACUCAGAGAAUUUGCCGAGGAAGGGACGCAUUCGCAGCACGGUGAACGCGAUGAUGACGAGGAGAUGGACAUAGAGCUUCUGGAAGAAGCAUAUCAACAUUUCGCAUCUCGAUAUGACUCGAUCAAUGGUGGGUUUGGCCGCGCACCCAAAUUCCCUACGCCAUCCAAUCUCAGCUUUCUACUCCGGCUCGGUGCCUACCCAAGUCAGGUUACAGACAUCGUGGGGCACGAUGAAUGCGAGCAAGCAACCGCCAUGGCUGUCACAACACUAGUGAAUAUGGCUCGCGGUGGGAUUCGAGACCAUAUUGGCCAUGGAUUUGCACGGUACAGCGUGACGACAGACUGGGGUCUCCCUCACUUUGAGAAGAUGCUUUAUGAUCAGGCACAGCUGUUGGAUGUUUACGUGGACGCUUUCCGGCUCACUCACGACCCCGAGCUGCUGGGUGCUGUAUACGAUCUGGCUGCCUACUUGACGAGCGCCCCGAUCCAGUCGCCGACCGGAGGGUUCUUCUCUUCAGAAGAUGCAGACAGUUAUCCUGAUCCAAACGACUCGGAAAAGCGGGAGGGUGCUUUUUAUGUCUGGUCACUGAAGGAGCUCACUCAAGUGCUCGGCCCACGGGAUGCCCCAGUAUGUGCUAGACACUGGGGUGUACUCCCUGAUGGCAACGUGCCACCUGAAUAUGACCCGCAUGAUGAGUUCAUGAACCAAAAUGUGUUGUCUAUCCGUGCCACACCAAGCAAGCUCGCCAAAGACUUUGGUCUCAGCGAGGAAGAAGUGGUCAAGAUUAUUAAGUCGGGAAAGCAGAAGUUACACGAUUAUCGCGAACGAAAACGGGGGCGCCCGGACCUAGAUGAUAAGAUCAUCGUGGCUUGGAAUGGACUAGCGAUUGGUGCGCUUGCCAAAUGCAGUGUUCUUUUCGAGGAGAUUGAGAGCUCCAAGGCCGUUCAAUGUCGUGAGGCAGCAGCACAGGCGAUCAGUUUCAUCAAGGACAACCUUUUCGACAAGGCUUCGGGACAGCUAUGGCGCAUUUACCGCGAUGGAAAACGCGGAGACACACCAGGUUUCGCCGACGACUACGCAUACUUGGCUAGCGGAUUGCUGGACAUGUAUGAUGCUACUUACGAUGACAGCUAUCUUCAAUUUGCGGAGCGAUUGCAGAAGUACCUCAAUGAAUACUUCCUGGCCCAGAGUGGCUCUACAACCACCGGUUACUACAGCACACCCUUAAUCCCAUCCGCCGGUAUGCCGGAGCCACUCCUCCGUUUGAAAACCGGCACCGAGUCGGCGACACCUUCAGUCAAUGGAGUCAUCUCGCGAAAUUUGCUGCGCCUGGCUGCCCUGCUCGAGGAUGAGAGUUACCGGACCUUGGCCCGACAGACCUGCAACUCCUUCGCUGUGGAGAUUAUCCAGCACCCAUUCCUAUUCGUUGGGAUGCUGGACGUGAUCGUGGGUCUCCAGAUUGGCACUCGUACAGUAACAGGGGUGUUCUCUACUGCCGAUGUCUCCACGCUAAUCAGUUCGCGCGGCGACAAUCGUCGGAACGAUGAGCCGGUGGCGACACGUGACCUCAUCCGGCGACGUGUACGGGCCGAAGCGGGCGUGGCCGUGUCUUCAUCCAUCGUGGUCACUUCGGUUGUUGAUAUCCGCCCCUCUCAUCUGAAAGAUUUUGUGGGGAACCAGUCCUUCUGGCUCAAAUCCCGCAAUUCGCUCUUCCAGAAUCUGAAGGCUUCCGAACCUGCCAAGAACUACUUGAUGGUUUGUGAGAGUGGGCGAUGCCAGACUAUUGAUCUCUAG